AUGGCAUCAACAAUACCCAGGACGCAGAUCGCGGCAUGGCUCGAGAAACCUGAGCCAGGCGCGCGGCUGAAACUCAGGAGCGAUAUCGAGGUUCCAUCUCCCAAAGAAGGCGAAGUGCUCGUGAAAUUGGAAUAUACCGGCUUCUGUCAUUCAGAUGUGCACAGCAUAUAUGGCGAAACGCCGAUGAGCACCGACAUCGCUGGUCAUGAAGGUGUAGGACGUGUGGUUGAGCUUGGGUCCAACGUCCCGGCAGAGAUGAUGAAUGCCAGGCUGGGAGUUAAGUGGCAGUACAGCACAUGCGACACGUGCGAGAUUUGCGCUGUUAAUCCCACGGCUUGCCCGAACCAGAUCAACUCGGGACGGAACACAAGAGGCACUUUCCAACAGUACAUUGUCACUCCUGUGAAGCAUGCCACCAGGAUCCCGCCGGGACUGAAGUCUGAAAUCGCUGCUCCUUUGCUUUGUGCGGGAUUGACCAUGUAUUCUGCCCUUGCGAAAGCGAGACUGCGGCCAGGAGACUGGGUCGUAAUACCGGGUGCAGGAGGAGGUUUAGGGCAUCUUGGCGUCCAGAUCGCCGCCAAACGCGGGUAUAAAGUGAUUGCCAUCGACACCGGAGAGUCCAAGAGGGAAAUGUGCAUAAAGCUCGGAGCAGCUGUUUUCCUCGAUUUCAAGACGAAUUCGAUCGAGGAGGAAGUGAUGCGUCUCACCAACGGAUUCGGAGCCCAUGCCACCAUUGUCACAGUCGGGAGCGACACUGCAUAUGAUCAAGCACUGAAGCUGCUACGAAACCUUGGAACCCUGGUGUGUAUCGGACUGCCCAAGUCGGGACUGGGCUUGCCGAUCUCGCCGUUCAUGAUGUGCGUAAGAAGUCUUAGCAUAGUGGGAUCGUCAGUGGGAACUGCCAAGGAGAUGGAUGAACUACUUGAGAUGGCCGUCAAGGGAGAUGUGAAGCCUGAGAUCUCCGUGUUCGAAUUCGACGAGAUUAACAAUAUCAUGGAGAAGCUUGCGAGGUUCGAGAUCGGAGGAAGAGUCGUCCUGAGACUCCCGGAGUGA